AUGACGGUUGCUUACGACUCCUCCUAUCGGGGCUGGUCUUCCGGUUCCCACAACGCCGCUUGCCUGGAAGACAAGUUCGAAGUCCUCAAGGAUGUCGGCGACGGGAGCUUCGGUAGCGUCUCGCUGGCACGUGUGCGAAGCGCAGGCGCUCACAUUGCACGGAGAGGCACCCUGGUUGCUAUCAAGACGAUGAAGAAGUCGUUUGACAACUUCAACCACUGCCUGGAGCUCAGAGAGGUCAUCUUCCUGCGAUCAUUACCUAACCACCCGCACCUCGUUCCUGCCCUGGACAUCUUCCUGGACCCCAUGACCAAGAAGCUCCACAUUGCCAUGGAGUACAUGGACGGCAACCUCUACCAGCUCAUGAAGGCCCGGGACCACAAGAGGCUCGACUGCUCGACCGUCAAGAGCAUCCUUUUCCAGAUCAUCUCCGGCCUGGAGCACAUCCACGAACACAACUUCUUCCACCGCGACAUCAAGCCCGAAAACAUCCUCGUCUCCACCUCCGCCCCGGACACCGGCAACGCCUUCAAGCGCUACUCCUCGCUCGUCACCCCGCCCUCGACCCCGCCCUCGUACACCAUCAAGAUCGCCGACUUUGGUCUCGCAAGAGAAACCCACUCGAAACUGCCGUUCACGACCUACGUAUCGACCCGUUGGUACCGCGCCCCCGAGGUCCUGCUGAGGGCCGGAGAGUACUCGGCGCCCGUCGACAUUUGGGCGAUUGGCGCCAUGGCGGUGGAGAUUGCUACGUUGAAGCCGCUGUUCCCCGGUGGCAAUGAGGUGGAUCAGGUUUGGAGGGUGUGUGAGAUCAUGGGCAGCCCGGGCAGCUGGGUCAACAAGCAUGGUUCCAAGGUCGGAGGCGGCGAAUGGAAGGAUGGCGUCAGGUUAGCCCAGAAGUUGGGCUUCUCGUUCCCCAAGAUGGCGCCCCACGCCAUGGACACGAUCCUGCAGUCGCCUGAGUGGCCUGCGAGCUUGGCGAACUUCGUCACUUGGUGUCUGAUGUGGGAUCCCAAGCACCGCCCGACGUCGACACAGGCGUUGUGCCACGAAUUUUUCCAAGACGCCGUCGACCCCCUCCGCCCCAAGUCGUCUGCAUCGCGCUUCCUCGGUCGCAAGCACUCCGACAUUAGCAGCACCGCUUCCGGUAAGGAGUCCGGCACCGAGAGUUUGACAUCCAAGACGUCGUCGUGGUUCCGCAAGUCGCUAGUGGCGCGGGAUAGUGCGCCGGCGGUGCCACAGCAUAACGGCGGUUCGCAGACGCUCUCGCCUCGCCCUUCGCCGCAGAACGCCAACACCUCGGAUCCCACGAUCCUGACCAAGCAACGGCCGAAUGCGGCUAAGAGGGCGACGUGGACCAACGGCGUCACGAGCAACGGUGCGCCCAUUCCGAUACUACCCUCGAUCAAGCCGAUCUCGCCCCUUGCGGACACGGCGGCUGCGCAAUCGAAUCAGAGGGCAGGAGAGGAUGAGAGGGCGUCGAAGAAGAUUGGCAGGCAAUUGUCGCUGGCGUCGCAUGGCAACCACUAUGCGGACCUUCACAGGCAAGAGGCGGAGCGCGCGUUGAACGGCGGUGGUCUUGCAUCGCCGUCGAAUCCUUUCAAGGAGGGCUUCUUCUCGCAUCUCCGCAAGCGUGCGAGGAGGCUAUCUGGCCGCUACAACAGCGGCCCUCCUUCGCCCGCCGACGACAUCGAGGCCAGCACCGCCUGCCUUCCUUGGGGCAGCAGCAACAGCAACCGUCACUCGAUGAACAACAUGAACGUCGACCCCCCUCCUGCGCCUACUUCGAAUCCUCAGUCCGACUUUGCGGAGAUGGACAAGGCUCUGCAGCACGUGCGGUAUAGCCUGGAAACCAUGUCGCCCGCUCCUGCUGCCACCGCGAAAACUACUCCUCGCGUCGCCAGCAAUCCCAUGCUCAAGCGUCACCAUUCGCUGCCUCACGGCGGUGGAGGAGGAGGAGAAGGCAGUCUCCGCGGCCCCAUCUCGAGUAGGACCCGCAAGGCUCUGCAGCAGCAGACGAACCCGCCGGCUCGCUACGAGACGCCCAACGAGGAGGAGGAGCUGCUCGACGAGGCAUUAACUGCGGCGCAAAAGGCUGCCAAGCGGAUGGUCAGGCAAGAUCAAGCUGCGCAGGAAGCUGUGCGGCCCUCGUUGCAGCAGACUACCUCGGAUGGCUACCCUGCAGCGUCGUACCUGACGCCCUCGCCGUCGGCAAAUCGCAACGGAGUGGGCUUUGGGCAGGGCGAUUACACCUCGACCCCGUCGAAGCCCGUCGACAUUGCGAAGCCCCAACGGGCCUCGAACAACGACCCUAAGUGGCCGACUCCACCGUACGACGAAAACGAGUGGGCGGCCGCGGCCGCGGCAAGCAUCUUCGCCGCACAAGCCGCGUACCGGUGA